CAGAUAUUCUGCUGCUCAGACUUUCGAGACCAAGAUAAUCAUGAAUUUUCGAAAGGUUGAGAAGUCGAUUUUUUUUUACCGAAAACUUUCACCAAUCUCUUAAAUUUCCUUCGUUUGGGUGAACAAUCACUUCACAUUUAUAUGGAUAGAAUGUCAAUGCUGUAACUCACUUCUCGCUUUCAUCUUUCGACCUCUUCAAUGUUUACCACUGAAGCCGUAAUUUGUUGUCUACAUAAGUGCUACGUAAUAUGUAAUACUUCAUGUAUUUUGUCUCGAGACAUGAAGUAAGGAUGUGUUACGGUGCGAAUGAUUCACGUUAGACUUGAUAAGCAGCGAUGCAACAAUAAAUCUCGGACGUGAGAAUUGUUCUGUCAAUAUUGAGAGAAUGGACAAAACCAUCGGUGAAUGACCAUCAGAUACAAACCUUCGGAGGAAUCGUUAUCAUUCGUUUAUUUUGCUUUCCCCAAUGCUUAGAAAAAUAUUAGAGAGUCACUCUUCACAGGACGUGGCCCUAAUGAGUCAUAAUUAAUCCUAGAGACGUCAAUUAUGUCGAGAAAAAAAAUUUGCCAAUGACCUGUCCCAGGAGUCAAUUGAUUUACUCCACCGGUAGCUCUCCUAACAUGAGGUGCAUUGAUAAAAAAUCAUCUGAAUAAAGUAAUUCGGAGAAUUAUUAUCGAACUGUCCAGUCAUUUUAUCUCUAUGCAAAUAAGAGAUAUUUUUUCUGAGGUAUUCCUCACACAUGACUCAAGGAUUUUUAUCAAUAACUCAGAGCCCGGUCUUAGAUAAUUUGACCAAUGUGCAUGUCGACCGCUGGCGCAUCUACGUCAAAAGCCAAGUUGUCCUAUCUAGCUCGCGUGGGUGAGAGAGGUACGAAAAGGGGAUAUUGAGGAAGGGGAGAAGGGAACUCGCGAUUAGCCGCAUAGAUGUAAAGUCACGUGGAAGUGGCGUUUAGUGUGUGGUGUAGAGUGUGGAAUCGUGGAGUUGAUGGUGGAGCGGGAGGUAAGACGGUGGGCGAGGGGAUAGAACAACUACCCGAAGGCCCCCCGUUCGAGGAGUAUCCCGUUCGUUGUGCCGCGAGGACGUCAAUUUUUUUUGACUCGUCAGCUCUCCCAUAUCUUCAACGUGAUUUUCACUUUUCAUCUCUCGUCUCCGUAUGGAACAGACCUGUCAAUUGCUGGGAUUCUAAAUGAAGAGAUUCUUGUCCAGGGAAUGGACUGCACUGACAAGCUGCUAAAAAUUAUCGACACGUGUGGAGAGAUUUUUUUAAAACAAUUAUGAAGAUGGAAUGGUGGUGGCAUUGACUGGCUUGACAUUGUGCAGUUAAUUCGUCAGUUACAUUGGAGGCAGGAAGAGGAUUCACUGGUGUGUCAUGAGAGAACUCUAAUCAACAGAACCCAGUGACAAAUGGUACACGAAUUUUCUAGGAAGAGAGACUGUGAUCCUCAAUGAAUAGUUGACAUUGAAAAAUGUGAAGUAGUGAGAGAAAAUAAAAUUGAACAAUUGGCAUUUGGAGUGUCGUCAGGAUCACGUGAAAGUCUCCAAACGAUAGCAAACAAUCCCGCUGGUAACUGAUACAUUGUUUCUUCAACUUUGGUUACUGCAACAAUUAACACUCGAAUGAUUUACGAGUGGACAUCGUUCGGGUCUAUUGGACACCGAUAGCACUAUCUCUUACAACAGCAAAGUUGAAGAAUGAACACAACUGAAGGGUGACAAUAGACAGUCAAUAAGUCAACGUCUCAGUGCAGUGAAAUCAGGGAGAUAUGGAGAAUUCCGAGUCAUUGAUACUGGCGAAUCAAACGGCCCAGUCGUUGUUGCUAGUUAAAAUUGGGGCAAUGUUUAUUUUGGGACUGGGCUCGUUGGGAUCGGGAAUGCUACCACUUGCUGUUGGUCAUUGUAGACUGAAGAGGAGAGAGAAGUGCGGAUUAUCCAGUACGUCGAGCACAUCGACUAACGCCUCAUCGACAGUUGACACUUCUGCUCAAGGUUUGCUGACCUCCUUACUCCUCUGUUUCGGUGGAGGUGUCCUACUGUUCACGACAUUUCUCCAUCUGGCCCCGGAGGUCCGCCAGAGUGUCGAGCGUCACCAGUUGAAUGGUCAACUCUACACUAUCGGCACCCUCAGCAUGGCUGAAUUGCUCUUCUGCAUCGGUUUUUUCCUCGUUUAUCUCGUGGAAGAAACGGUCCACGUUACAUUGACAAAAAAAUCCGAAAGAUCGGAGGAUCUUCUUUAUAGAACUGUAUCAAUACGCAGAUGCUGUAACAAACAAUUACCGACACCUGUCUCCAUAACUACCAUGUCCACUGCAGGCGACAAAUCAUGUUCCUCGUCGUGGGAGGUCAAUGUCACUUGCAGACACGAUGACAUAGAGAGGAGAGAUCUGAGUGGGCUCCCGGAAUUAAAAAAUCACCGGAGACGAAGCUGUAAAAAUGAACAAAUAUUGCCGGUUGUCUUUAUUCCGCCAUCAGCGGAUCCUGCAACUGAUGCUGGCCGCGAGGAAGAUCGCUUCGUGACGCCUCAGAGUACUCCGUUACGUACCGAAAAAAUUCCUCACGAAGUCCAUCACCACACGGACACCUCGGCUCGAGGAUUGCUGACAGUCGUUGCGUUAUCCUUUCACGCGGUUUUCGAGGGCCUUGCGGUUGGUCUGGAACCGGCCGUCACCUCAGUUCUCUACCUCACAGCAGCCAUCGCCACGCACAAACUCGUCAUUGCUUUCUGCGUUGGCAUGGAGCUCUACGUCGCCGGGGCAUCCAGGAAAACCAUCUUCGGGUAUCUCUCAGUUCUGUCCAUAGUGACGCCCCUGGGGAUCAUCAUCGGAGUUGCCCUGGGAUAUUUUAAGAAUGAUAGCGAUAAUCUUGGCCCUAUCCCUACGAUACUCCAGGGCAUGGCGGCUGGAACACUUCUUUACGUCGUAUUCUUCGAAGUUCUCGCGAGAGAGCGGGCUAAUGAUAAGAGCGGACUGCUGCAGUUGCUCGCGAUAAUCAUAGGAUUUAUGCUCAUGCUCGGACUUCAAUUACUUACAUCUCACGCGCAUUCGCACAGCCAUGGCCACGGACACUCGCAUGAGCAUUCUCACGAGGGUGAGGAGGGGCUAGAACAUCAUCACGAUCAUCACGAUCAUGACGAGGGAGAGCACACACAUGCCAUCGCUGAUACAAUCGACAGAUUAUCUUCGACAGUCGCGGAAGCUGUGACUAAAGCUAUCAUGACUUCAAAAACUGACUCAUGAGUUCGCAACAGAACAUUUCAUUGGUGAAGUUAAAAUAAAAUGAGUCAGUCCUGAAGAGUAUUUUUUUUUUAUGAGGAUCUAGGACAACAAAAAUGCCCAACUUUCGAGAGUUUAGAAAUACUCAUGACAAACUCAUGAUUUGACUCGCCUCAUUUUAUCUCUUCCAUCACUGACUUGACAAUGUUCCACGAAUUUUAAAUACUUCAGGGAACUCGUGAAGUGUUUACCGACAGGCAUUAGUUCCUGGUUACGAGACAAAGGGUAAUUUUUCACAAGAAAAUAACUGUUAAAAUUCUGUAUAGAUUGUUAUCGUCCUUCUAGGCCGCUGAGGAUCACUUGUGACACAGUUCACUGCAUUUAUAGAUUUUAAUUGACUCAUUUCACGUUCAUUGUGAUAAUGAUCCUCUCUCAGAGGAUGUUGAUUCAUUGGCUCCGAGGAAUUAAUCAUAAGGACAGAAAUAUUUUUGUAAUAGAACGAUGUUUGAGGUGUAUGAAUUAGACUGACGAUACUAAGAAACACAUGCCUGGAGAAACGGUCCCUGGGCUGUGAUCUAUUGUACAUAAUCCAUCAGUUGAAAUAUUUUUCUUCCAUCGUUGGUAUAUAACUCAGAAUAUUAUUCAUGAAUACUUCGGUAUAUUAUUUAUACUUCAGCUAUUCGUUAGGGUAAUUUUAUUUUAUUUACGCCAUCUUCCGCUCUAUGAAGAAUCUGAAUGACAGACGACCAACAAGAAAAUCUAGAUUUAUUAUCAUAAUUAUCCUAACGGAUGAACAUUUAAUUCAACUUCCAACCCAAUCGAUCGAAGGAAAUCGAUCAAUUCAAUUGUUUUAAACGCGGAAAAGUACAAAUUGCCAGUAGGAAUGAAAAUAAAAAAACAAUUGUACACAACAAUAAAGAAUUUUAUUAUCAUAGUUCAUAAUAA